CCGAGAAGCAACAAGAGAUGAGCUACCACCAAGAACCCUACCCUCCUCCGCCGCCGCCGCAAGGCUACCCGUAUCCCCAACCAGGCCCGCCGGGGUACCCCUCAGCCCCUCCGUACGACGGGUACCCGCCGCCGCCGCCUCCGGGGUAUCCACCUCACGGAUACGGCCCUCCACCGCCGCGUCCUCCGCCGUACGAGGGGUACCAAGGGUAUUUCAACGGGGGCUACCCUCCGCCUCCGCCGCAAUACCAGCAGCAGCACUGUCACCACGAUCAUCACCAUUACCAGGGUCAGGAUGACGGCUGCAUCUCUUUCUUAAGAGGCUGUUUUGGUGCGCUAUUCUGUUGCUGUUUGCUCGAGGAAUGCUGCUUCUUUUUCUGAUGAUGAAUUGAUGAUAGACAUGGAUUAUUUCUCAAGGUUGUCUGUGCUUGAUGUUAUGUGGUGGAUGAACCGAGGAACAAUCUUCUGCAUCUGAACAUUUAUAGAUUUCACAUAAACGUGGUUUAUGUAAAAUGGGUGAUUGCUUGUUUAGCCUCCUAUCUGGUUGUUAAGCGAAAUGUUUAUGGCGCAUUGUGGAUUUAUAUAAUGUUUUAGGAUGCAAAAGAACAGAUGAUUUAUGUUGUGCUCUAUCUUAUAUCCGAGAACUAGUAAAUUCAAGUAAUUAUGAUUUGAUGUUGUUCAUACAUCCAGUUCGAAACUUUGUUUUCAACCCGAAGACCUGGAUAGGAACACAAUGGUGAUUGGU